GUGAAUCAGUUUAAUCAACAAAGAAAUCGCGAUCAUAUGGUUUAGCGUUCAUUGGUAGCUAUUUUUCCUAACUUCUGAAGUGAAUUUACUUAUCGCUGUUAGAAGAGACGAAGUGCAAAUUUUCGGAUGUUACUAUAAUAAUGUCAUUUCAUACAAAAGGAUAAUUUAUCGGGAAAUAUUCAAUCAUUUAUUAACUUGGGUAAUGAAAAACGUCAUAUGUAACAGUGACAACUGUAUGACGAGUAACAACUGAUGAUCUGUAGUUGUUGUUUUCAAAAUCAGAAUGCUAAUUCUGAACCUUCGGCAAAUCCAGUUGAUGAAAAUGUUGAAGAUGGUGACAUAUUACAAGAGAUUGGAAAUGCUCAAUACACUUUAGAUUUUCUACGUCAAGUUGUUCAGAGGUCUACAAUAACUCAUGAUGAAUCUCCACCACCAUAUGAAGACUUCAAUAAGUAUCCAAAGUUAAGUAAAUCAGAAAGUAGUACACAUUCUUGUCCAAGUAAAACAUGUAUACAACAACCUCAACAGAUUACAAAUAUAAAUUGUGAGCAGUUUGUAAACUCUGCAGCACCAGCUGAAAUUACAGGAGCUCACUGGAUAGAACCUUUUCCAAAACCUCAAGGAGAUCCACCUCCAGCUGUAUUCGACUGGCUACGUAAUCGAUUUGGUUCAUUUCGUCAAAGUCUGUUGAGUCGUUUAUCCUUCCGUAGCAGUCACCUAACUGGAUCUUCACUAACAAAUUCACGUAAUCAUUCGAUUACACCAAGUUUCAUGUUAACUACAGAUGUUAUUCGUAGUUCAACGAUGGAUCAAUCGGAGUUAUCAACUUCAGAGUCAACUACGGCAUCAUCUGUAGCAGAAGCAGCACCAGCUUUUCCAAUAUUAAGUACUCCGAAUGAAAUGAAUGAAUCGUCAUCUUCCACAUCUAAUACCUCAUCGGUAACUCAUGAAUCCGAUGCUCAAAAUGUCACAGAAUCAUCUAUCAGCUUGUCAAAUAUCAACAAUGCUGAACAGAUACAAUCCAGUAAUAUGAGUAAACCGACUAGAAUUUUAGUUAUUCACGAGAAUAAUGUGAAACAAGCAAGUUCACAUCAGACAAAUUUGCCAGAAGAUAAUUCUGAUCCCUCCGAUGAUGAUGAUGAUGACGAUAAUAGUAGUCACUCCAUGACCCACACAUGUACAGAUAGCUGUAGGAUGCAAAAUUUAAUUGUACAAAAUGGUUCUUCAGCAAUACACACACAUGACCCCACCAGGGAUUGAAUCCAGAACGGUAAACUUGUAUACUAUUCAAUCACUGUGACGGAAUCCAAUGGCUUAUCAACUCUUACUUCUGUCAAUUCGUCAUACAGCCUGACAGCCAACUAAUUUCGUUGAUGUCUAUCUGCUCUCACGCUUAACAGCUGUUCAGUACUCUCUUGUUUUCAAUGGUUCUCUAACUGAAAUCGAUUUAUAAUCAAAGUUGGAUGAUUUAAUUGUAAAAGUUUUAUUGUCUCCCUGGACAAAAUUUUCAGCGUUAAAUUCUAUAUCCAUGAAAUAUUUAUCUCUUCUACCGAGGUUGAUGUGACUGAUUAUCCCAGUAAAUUUCCUUAUGACUGUAUCCAACUGUACUGAUAUUGAUCCUUUUGUUGACCUGAUAUUCGACCUUUAGGUCGUAUAAUCUAUAUUUUUAUAUAUAUUUUUUAAUCUAUAUAUUUUUGUUUCUUUUAGUUGAAUAAUGAAAAAGAAUCAUCCUCAAGUGUUACGUAAUCCGUAAGGACACACAUAUACAUAUACCAAUCAUAGAUAUAUUUACACGUAUAUAUAAUACAAUAUGGGUCAUGUAAAUAAUUACAGUAAAUAAAUAAACAAAUAAACAAAAAUUAUUAUGUCUCACAAUUAAAUGCUUAUGAAACACUCGUUUUUUCUUGUUCAUUUUCUCUGAAAACAUUUACAUUUAGGAUUUUAUUUUACUGUUCAAUUGUUUGUUUGUCUGACUACUUUGUAACAAUAAUCUUCCUUUUCACACUCAACAAAGAAGGCGUAAUUACUGUUAUAUAUAUAACACUGUAUACAGAGUAUCCAGCCAAGAAAUUCUAUGGAAAUCUGAUGAAUUUAUUAAAUUCAACCUUAUUAACAUUUACUGCAUGUUUCAUUCACUUAUUUUUAGAAAAUAAAAUGUAAGGAGAGUAUUGUCCUCUAAUUUGAUAAAUGAUCACGUUGUCAACUAGGUAUGUUUGUUAUUUUAUCUGUUCUCCCUUGCAUUCCUCUAACUAGUUUGCAGUUACUUAUAAGUGAAACAAUUUCCUCAAUUUUCCUUUAUUCACUUUCUAUGGCAUUUAUUAUUGAGACGGAUUUUUUUUGACAAAUACUGGUAAUCAUUUUCUUAGUAAUUUUACUUUUUCUCAUCAUUUCCUGUAUUACAUAAAGUACCAUUUUUUUAAAAUAAAAGAUAUGAGGUAUCAU